AUGGAGUCAACCAAAGAACAACACGGAUUACUGCACCAGAUCCUACCCUCGCGCCUUGAAGAUACAGGCCUCGAAGAUUGUGCUCUUCCGCCUGAAUCCAUCCACCAAGCAUUCCUUAAAGCAGCCGCUGCCGCGAAGUCCGCCGCCGCGAUUUUUUCCGAUGACGACGACGAGACCGCCGGAAAUUGCGUCAACGACCCGUGGCUAGCCGCAGCCGAGGGAACCUCCGAUGCUGUGAUUGGGAUCGAGUCGGAGAACGAGUUGCCCGGAGCAUGUGCCGUCGAAAAAGGAUGCGAAGAAGGUGGCGAUGAGGUGAAGGUCUCUGGUGGUAGCAGCUGCGAAGCGAAGGAGGUUGUGAACGAAAUUGUGGUUGGAGAAUGA